AGCGUUUUCAUUGAUAUCAGCAGGAUUGUUAGUUAGACAGCUGUUAGUCGACUUUUACAUGUUUACUGGCUUACUGUAUAAUAAAUAACGGCAAAAUAACGUAAGAUUAAAUAGUCUAAAGUGUAUGUAUCGUUUAUUCAAUCAACCAACCGGAAAUUGUUAUCGUUUAUAUAAAUCACUGUUUAAUUUAAAGACGAUAUAAAAGACCAAAGUUAUAUAAAUAGUUUGACAAAUUAAUUUUAACUGGUUUUAAAUAAUAGUUUCACAAAACUGCAAUUUGAAUGCCUUGUACUCAUAAAGAGUAGAUUAGAGAAAGAAGGAUUUCUGAAUCUUGCUGCUGCCUGACAGAAGUUUACACAACACUCGCACGCGCGAACCUCGCGUUCACGCUUCACCUGCGGUCGUAUCCGGGAGCCCGACACCACCUCAGAUCUAAUUACAAUCUUGCCCAGGAGGAGGAGGUAUGUGUCCACAGGUCCGAGAAAUAUUUCAUGAAGAUGCUCAGGGUUCUCAGAGUAAUGCUCAACCUUGGUGGAAGGUGCAGCUUUUUGUCUGGGAACCAGUACUGUUUGGCACCUGGGAUGGCGUUUUUACUACCUGUAUGAUCAACAUUUUUGGAGUUGUACUCUUUCUGCGGACUGGCUGGCUUGUGGGUAACACAGGUGUGUUGCUGGGCAUGCUUCUGGUAUCACUGGUUGUAUUGGUUGCCGUGGUUACAGUGAUGUCAGGAAUAGGGGUGUGUGAGUGUUGCAGCACAGGCAACGGUGGAGUUUACUCCAUGAUCUCCACUGUGCUUGGAGGGAGGGUCGGAGGAACUGUGGGUCUUUUGUAUGUAUUUGGACAGUGUGUUGCGGGAGCGCUGUAUGUCACAGGUUUCGCAGAGUCCAUCGCGCAGGUGCUAGGUUUGCAGAGCGUGUGGGCAGUGAGAGGGAUUUCUGUGGCCGUUCUGUUGGGCCUGCUUGGGAUUAACCUGGCCGGGGUGAAAUGGAUCAUACGUCUUCAGCUGGUUCUGCUUGCCAUAUUAGCUCUGUCCACUUUGGAUUUUGUAAUUGGGACAUUUAGUCAUCUAGAUCCAGAGCAUGGAUUUGUUGGCUAUUCGGAGGAACUGCUGCGUAAGAACACGCUGCCAGACUACACGACUGGCGAGACUUUCUUUACUGUGUUUGGGGUUUUCUUUCCUGCAGCAACAGGUGUGAUGGCAGGAUUCAACAUGAGUUCAGAUCUCCAGAGACCUGAACACAACAUCCCAGUGGGAACUCUUGCUGCGGUUUGUAUCUCGUGGUUCCUGUAUCUCAUCUUUGUGUUCUUGCUAGGAGCCAUUUGCACCAGAGAAGCACUCCGCUAUGAUUUCUUAAUAGCCGAAAAGGUCUCCUUGGUUGGCUUCCUGUUUUUGCUGGGCCUUUACAUCUCCUCCCUGGCCUCCUGUAUGGGCGGCCUGUACGGAGCACCCAGGAUCCUUCAGUGUAUCGCCCAGGAGAGAGUCAUCCCAGCUCUCUGGUUUCUUGAGAAAGGGCAUGGGGCCAAUAAGACCCCUGUGGCUGCCAUCUGUCUGACCAGCUUGAUCUCCAUGGCCUUCAUCUUUGUCGGCCAGGUCAAUGUUCUGGCUCCCAUCGUCACCAUCAACUUCAUGCUUACCUACAGCAUAAUUGACUAUUGCUACUUCUGUGUGGUGAAGAGCUAUGAUCUUCAGGUCCAACAAAGAAGAACGCCGAUCAAGAGGUCAAGCUCCAGGAAAACGCUUGUAUCCAGCUCUCACCCCUCUUAUGGUAGCAAGGGAGGCAUCAGUGACCCCAUGAACGGGACGCUACUGGAGUUUACCAAAGACAUGAACCAGAUAUUUCCAUUGCCCAGCACAGACAGUGUUGAAGAAAAGAGAGCAUCUAAUCCUGUCUCCAAAGCCAGAGGCAGGAAGUCAAAGAUUCCAGCUAAAGAAACACUGAUGAACAGUUUUGGGUUGGACUUAAACACCGAUGCACAAUCAGAUAAAGGAAAAGAUGAUAGGGAGCCAGAACAAACUAUUGGAUUUGAUGAUGAUACCAGCAGCCAAAGAGAACUUAUGGUGUCUGACCUUACAAGUGAAGUCAAGAGGAAACAGGUUUUGCCUAAUUUUGGCUCAGCUAAACUUGAACAGCUCCCAAGAGAGCAUAUAGACAGAAAUGGGUCAGGACCAAGCCUUGAAGGAUCAGAAAUCAGAUCAAUCCAAGGUUCAGUCUAUGCAAGAUUUUGUAACCACUGGGUUUCGUUAAUUGGAGCAGUGUGCUCUUUUAUGAUAAUGUUUGUUAUCCAGUGGAUGUACGCUUUGAUUAACAUUACAGCAGCCCUGAUCCUCUUUAUCUACAUUGGAACAACAAGCCCAGGUUUGCCACCAGGUACAGCAGCUCGCUUCAGCUUCUUCAGGUGGUUCAAGACCUCUCUGAGAAAUUUGUGCAGGCAAGAAGGGGCCCUUCAGGAUCAGAUUGUGGUGACACCGUCUUUGUCAGCUGUUGGCAUGGAGACCAAGCAGCUGACAGAGGAAAAUGCAGAUUUUGCACUUCGUGAUCGUUACCAUCACUCCUCUUUUAUCACCACUACGGACACCAUGGUCCAUCCUCAGUCAAACUGAGCAUCUUACAAUGGUGUCCGGCUUGACGUUCAAGGACAUGUUGUUGAUAAAGUUAUGCCUGAAUAGUUGAUGUGCAGCACUUUUGAGACAUUUCUGAGGUUGUAGUAGAAGCAUGGGACAGAACAUUUUGAAGAGUACUACUGUUUAUCUAAACCAGGGAAUGUGCAAUCAGAGUCAUGCAAUGUGCCGUGGUCUCCUACUGGAUGUUAAAGCCUCUAAUGUUUAAGGAUAUUCACAAACAGUGCUUGUAUGAAGACAGUGCUUGUAUGAAGGCUAAUAUUUG